AUGCCGCCCAAGCGCAAAGCGACCACCGCCCCGCCGAAGGAGCGGCAGUCCAAGCUCGCCAAGGAGCACAACAUCACGGCGCGCGAGGAGCGCGAGAUCAAGGAGGCCUACGCGCUGUUCGCCGAGCCCGUGGACGGCGAGAAGGAGGGCGCCCUGCCCUCCAAGGACGUGCAACGCGCCAUGAUCGCCCUAGGCAUCCCCCCCUCGAAGCCCGAACUCCGCGAAUUCAUCUCGAUCCUGGACCCCGACGAGGAGGGCCACACGACCUACGAGCCCUUCGUCGCCAUCUGCGCGCUGAAGCUGCACGCGCGCGACGACGCGGCCGGCGACCCGCGGUCCGAGGCGCACCGCGCCGAGGUGGACGCCGCGUUUCGGCUCUUCACGGGCGGGGGCAGUCAUGGUCAUAAUGAUGGUGACGACGGCAGACUGGGCGUGUUCGAGGACGGCGGGCCGACGACGCUGACGCUCGCGCACCUCAAGCGCGUGGCCAUGACGCUGAAGCAGGACGUCGACGAGGCCCUGCUGCGCGACAUGAUCCUCGAGGCGAACGGGGGCGCGGGGGUCGGCAGGGGCGUCGCGAGGAGCGAGUUUGAGGAGGUCAUGCGGAGGGCCGGGGCGUGGAAGUGA